CUCAGGUCAGAUCAUUUCAGUUUCAGUGAAUAUUCAGCGAUAUUGGCAUCAACAAAAUUUUUUGCUAAAUAGACAAUGACUUCAAAGGAAAAAGGUUUCGCGACGAUAGCUAUCCAUGCUGGGCAAGAUCCUGAUCAGUGGAAUCAUUGCUCGGUUGUACCACCUUUGGUGAUGUCAGCUACUUUUAAGCAGGAUGAUCCAGCACAGCUUAAACGUUUUGCAUAUGGCAGAAGCGGCAAUCCUACGCGUGACGUUCUGGAGACAUGCCUGGCUGCUUUAGAGAAUGGCAAACAUGCUUUCUGCUUUUCUUCUGGAUUAGGAACUCUUACUGCUAUUAUAGGUCUAUUGGAGACAGGAGAUCAUUUGGUUGUCGGAGACGAUCUUUACGGUGGAACCAUUAGUUACAUCCAAAAAUGCGGUAGCAAACAAGGCCUGAAAUACACCUUUGUUGACAUGACUGAUGUACAGAAUGUUAUAGAUGCCAUACAACCAAAUACAAAAAUGAUAUGGCUAGAGACGCCGACAAAUCCUUUGAUGAAACUGACAGAUAUAAAGGCUGUUACUGAAAGUCUGAAAUCUCGUCCAGACAUUAUACUAGUGGUUGAUAAUACAUUUUUGACAUGUUACUUUCAAAGACCUCUUGACCUUGGUGCCGAUAUAUCGAUGUAUUCAUUGACAAAGUAUAUGAAUGGCCAUUCGGACGUCAUUAUGGGUGCCGCUAUAACGCGCCGGAGCGAUCUCGGACAGAGAUUGAUCAACCAAAAUGUCAUGGGAAUUAUUCCAUCACCAUUUGAUUGUGCCUUAGUCAAUCGUAGCUUGAAAACGCUCGAACUGAGAAUGCAGAAACACAUGAAAAAUGGUUUAGCCGUAGCCAUGUUUCUUGAUUCUCAUCCUAAUAUCGAGAAAGUGAUUCAUCCACUUCUCUCAUCACAUCCGCAACAUCAGCUUGCACUUACACAACAAACAGGGCACAGCGGAAUGGUUUCUUUCUAUCUGAAAGGCGAUUCUAAGCGCUUUUUGCUAGCAUUGAAAGUUUUCAUUUUAGCUGAAUCCUUAGGCGGUUACGAAUCGCUAGCCGAAUUGCCAUCUUUAAUGACGCACGAGUCCGUGCCGGAAGAUAUGCGAGCAAAGUUAGGCAUAACUGAUCAAUUAAUACGAUUAUCCGUUGGCCUUGAAACCGAAGAUGAUCUCAUAGCUGAUCUCAAACAAGCAUUGGACGCUUAAUUGUUAAUGAAUUAACGAAGAAUUGUCAAGCAUUUCUGAAUAUGCAGAUAAAUGUAUUUUCAAGUUCAAAAACAAAAUAAAUUACAACAAUGAACGAUUAGAUAAUGAGCUCAAAUAAUUUAAACAAAGUAAUAA